AUGUCCAUCAUGUCGAUUCGCUCGCUCUUCGCGGUGGCUUCGCUUCUUGUGUUUCCCGCAGCUUCGCACGCGCGACACGCGCAUCAUCAGGCACAUAUUCACGCUCGUCAGCUCGUUGUUCCAGUGGGUACCGCGGACGAGACAGUAGCCUCGACGAUCGUUCAACCCUCCGAUCUUCCGGGAAACGACGCUAUAUCAGAUAUUAAGGACAUGCAAAACGGCCUCGCAGAUCUCCCGGGAGAUCUGCUCAGCUUCAUACAGGGCGUCGAGGCAAGAUUGCAGACGAUAGAGACGCUCUUGGAACGGCUCGUCUCAAGCUCGAGCGAACCAGAGCUCACCGCUGGACCGACACCUUUGCCUAGCCCAUUUCCAACGGCAGAUGCGAGCACGGAGACGACGGGUAUGGAGACAACACUCCCGUCGUGGACCGCUACGACGACCCGGGGACCAUUUGUACCAACCUCAACAUACUCGCGCAAUUUUGAUAUUACGACAACAAGAACAAGGACUUCCAAGAUCACUCAGACAGCUACGCAUACCGUUACACCUUCUCCAAUCACUGUUACGAGUAAGCCAUACAAUGUAACGACAAACAGGACCCUCAGCACAUCGACCUCGUGGCGUCCGUCGAGCGGAAUGCCAACCGUCUACACCGUCUCCCUCCCCCUCACUAAUUCCGACCUGACUACCCUGCGAACUUCGCGCACUCCAGCACCAUCAGAACGGCCUACGGCAAGGCGCUUGUAG